UAGUGGAGAAUGGCGUGAUGCCCUGUAACCACCGCUCUCCCUCUCCUUCUCCCCCUGCACUCAAUCUCUCCUAAUCCUCUCGAAUCCUUCCCAAAAUCUCUCCUAUCCUGUCCAAAUCCGUGAGACUUCUCCUCAUCUCCUUUCAAUCCCCUCUUUCGGUUUUCUGCAUUCCACGGCAAGAGUUCCUUCAUGCAAGAUAAGCAAGAGCAGAUCUAGGGAUAAACCAGAUGGAUAAGCAGCUAUUGCCUCCAGCAGAGGCAAAUGAAAGGGAUCAAGUGCCUCAUACUCCUCCGGUGCUUGAGGUACCAGAAAUCCCAUUGAUAUCAGUGGGCUUACAAGCGAUGAGUCUUGCAGAUCAGGGUCAGCAGCAGCAGAGCAAUGAGGAAGAGCAGGGAAAAUAUACUCUUAUUCUGAAGAUUGCGUGUUCAGGAGGUGCGCCAAAGAUUAUUUCUCUGAACUCAGUGCAGCAAGCUAUGACAAGAGCAUGGAGAAGCAACUUUUACAAGGUGACACAGGUAAAUCAGUUCAUAUUCAAGGCUCAUUUCAUCUCCUUUGAAGCCAUGAUGUUUGUGUUUACAAGGCAACCAUGGACAGUUGGAUCAGAUGUUAUGCUGAUUGAGUUUGAAAGCCCAGGAAAGGAUAUUCAGAAAGGAGACUACAAAUUUGAGUUCAUAUAUGUUACUGUCAGAGCCUAUGGAAUACCAAAAAAGUAUAGAUCUUUUAAGAUUCUUAAGGACAUUUUGAAUCUGGUAGGCACACAGUCUGAAUUUCAUGAGCUGAGGCAAGUAAUGUUAGAAUCAAGAUCAGACUACAUUUGGGGAAUUGCAAAAAUCAGGGUGUCUGCUCCUAUCUAUGAUCGAGUCAAGCUCCUCUAUUCAGUAAAUGAAGUAGGAUUUACCUAUCUGAGCUACGAGAAGAUUGGGAGGAUUUGCUUGUUUUGCGGAGUGAUGUUUCAUACAGUUGGGAACUGUCGCCUCAGACAGAAGAUUGUUGCAAGCAAAAUUCAGUCAGGCCAAGCGGAUCAAGCCCAGCAAGUGCCUUUUCAGCGAUACGGAUCAUGGAUUGUUGAGCCUGCAGAUAUUCCAACAAACGUUGCAGCACAGGGGCAAGGAUGCAAUCUAAGUUUCAAUAAUUAUCAGAUUCCACAAAUUGGCAGGUUUCAAGGAGUAUCAGAAUCAAAUCCAUCUGGACAAAGAGCAAUUGAAGAAGCAAAUGUAGCAGUGACAAGGAGGAGGCUUCAGUUCCAUGAACAAUCUUCAGCAAUGGCGGAAGAACAGCAGCAAGAAGAACGCACUGUUCACCCACCAAUUUGCAUUGAUGGCGGGAACCAAAGGGAGGGCGGUGCACUCAUCAGUGACAGGUUGCAUGGAGGACACGUUGGAGGGACAGUUGGUGCCACUCUAUUUACUGGACAGGGCAAAUCUCCACCCAAGCGCUCGGGAGCCUCUCUCGAUCUCCUCUCGUCGCCGGCUCCGAAGAGGGCUGCGACCGCGCAAGGCCAAGAUGGACAAGGAGGAGGAGCUGAUCUGCAGGCGAUGCAGAUCCCUGCAGGCGGAGCGGGCGGUGCGCAAGGCAAAAUCCUGUUCACCCAGGUGUCGCCGCUGGCUGUCGGAACCAGCUCCGUCCCUGAUGUGGGGCGGAUUGGAGGAGGAGGAGAUGGAGCUCUCUCUACCGCUGUUCCAGCCGAGCCCGAACCAGGAAGAGGAGGCGGCAUCCUCGGAGCACGGCCAAGCAACGCCGCCAGGUCAACUCCCAACCCCAAUCCCACUCUUUCUAUUGCAAGGGGCCGGACUAGACGUCGACCUUCAGGAUGGGAUAUUGAGGAGAAUGCCAGUACUGAAGUUGGCCACAGAGCUGCUGGGGUUACUUAUCAUAAACCUGGUUCUUCCACCUGGCGCCGCGUUCGCAAACCCGAAGAAAUGGCUAUGGGCAGCCUUGAUGGCAGAGGUGCUGGCUCGUCUUUGGGGAUACCGGGUGUCCCCGGUGCUGGUUCGUAUUGCCCAUCGCCGGCACUCAGCAGCGUAGAUGGUGGAGCGGGCAAUGAUACAUGGCAACUACACACGCCGUCACCGUCUCAGUCUGUGGCUUCGCAAGACUCUCGCCAUGGAGGCUUCUCGCCUCCUCCAAUGGCUCGCGACUACUAUGUGGGUUUGGAUGAUCGUCUUGGCUAUGGUGCAGCCGGAGGCCAAGAAAAUGUUCAAGGCCAAGCUCAAUUGGGCAUCUCUAGCGAUGCUCCUACACAGGGUGUGUGCGAUGACUCUUGGAAAGCAAGAAUGGACAUGGAUCUUGAGGCAGCGGCGCCAGCCCUUAAGGCGCCACGGGCGCCAUGAGAGCCUUGGGAUGGAACUGCCAAGGUAUGGGCAGGAGCCUUGGCAGUAGCAAAAUGGUGCAUCUUGCCCGCAUGGUCAGCUCAGCAAAACCUCAGCUAUGUAGUGCCCUCUCGAAGACGCUCGGGCGGGCUCUGGUUGAUGUGGAAUGAUGAGCUUGAUGUGACUGUGCAUAGUUCUUCCUUCUAUACUAUCCUAUCCACUGUAGUAUAUAAGACUAGGAAUCUGAAGUUUGGCUUAGUUUGUAUAUAUGGCGAUCCGUACCAUCGCCAGACUAGUGCUAUCUGGGAUGAUAUUGCUGCUUUUGUGCAUGAUAACUCCUCUCUUCCUAUGUUAUGUAUGGGAGACAUGAAUGAGCUUUUGUAUGAUAUGGAUAAGAACUCCCUUAAUAUAAAUCGAAGUCGUAUGUAUGGUUUCAGAUCCCUUGUUAAAAAUUGUGGUUUAUUUGA